AGGAUCGACUGUUAUCGCAGUGCUUGUAUUGGUUAGUUUUAUAAGCACACAUAACCAACUUUUGUAUUUUGCUAGGUUUAGGGCAGGGCCAGCCCCCAAAAUAGCAAACAAAAGCAUACAACAAAGAACUUUGCCAGGUUUCCUAACCAUUUCACUCUAUUAACUAUGGCGUGAUGUAAUGUUCAUAUCUUCUCAUGGCUAUCUAGCUCGUUAUUACUGAAUAUCAUAAAACAUUGUUUAGCUUUUUCUUGCCUACUGAGUUCUAGACUCAAAAGCUCUAGGAAUCCCUUAUUCCUCUUUCCAACUACAUUUAUAAACUUUUUAUUUCGCUGGUGGUCACUUAGGAGGGAACCUGAAGGCAUCGAUGAAUAGCCUACACGAGAGGGAUGCUUAUUGGUAUUGGGUCCUGGUCGUCUCCAUUGGAGUUACAACAGUCUGCGGAAACACGGUCGUUAUAUAUCUAAUCUUGACAAGGAGAACUCUUCACGUCAGCGCUAACUGGUUUAUUGUCUCACUAUCAUUAGCAGAUUUACUUGUCGGGCUCGUGGUAAUACCUACAUACAUUUUUCAUACGUUCUGGGUACAGUUAAACCUUCUUGCACUUUUGACAUUCUACAAUCUUAUUUUGUAUGUGUCAGUUGGCAAUUUAUGUGUUAUGACUGGAGAUAGAUAUCUUGCCAUCACGAGACCAUUGAAAUACGGCUCUUUGAUGACUCGUUCAAAGGUCCUGGUUAUGAUAUUUACCGCUUGGACAAUACCUACAGGUAUUUCACUUUUACCUUUGUUGUGGCAAACGUCAGGUACCAACAAAGAAAGAGACAUAGUACACAGAGUAUACGGUGGAUUGACGGUGAUCUGCUUCGAAAUAAUACCGUGCUUUCUGAUGCUUUUAGUGUACUCUCACUUAUACUUUAUAACUCGAGCUCAUUCUCGAAGAAUCGCUGCACUGGAAAGUGUUAAAGAACGCUACAGCGGCCGUAACUUUACAAAGACAAGAAGACAAAGAAACAGGGAGAGAUCCAGUCUCAAAGUGUUCGCAUCAGUUGCACUCUUGUUUGUCUUCUGUUGGCUACUUUCAGCUUAUCGUGGAUUCUGUGAUGUGUUCAGCCUGUGCUCUGUGACCAGAGAAUUUGUUCAAGUUUCCAGAAUCCUAAUUUUCCUAAAUUCUGCCGUUAAUGUCGUAGUGUAUUCACUGCUGAAGAGAGAUAUAAGGGCGGAGUUUAAACGUUUCCUGAGAUGCCGGACACGUCAAGAAUCACUUGACUUUAAUUUAGCCGUUCGAGUGCGGGAGACAUUAGCGGCGAAUCGUUCGAUUGAUAUUGAAACAGAAACACCAAAAGGCGGUCUUCCAGAGCUUGGACACAAUACGAAUUAGAGGUUUGACCAUUUGACUUUGAGGGAGGGGGUGAGGGAUAUUGAGAAAAAAUAUUUUGCAAGCAUACUUGCACCAAAAACAUUUAUGCACACGACCACUGCUGAAAUUCACGCACGUUUCGUGAUCCGAAGAAAAGUAUGUC